AUUGAACCCUGUCACCAUGCAGGUUCAGAACAUAGAGCCGCUUGAUAAAAUAGAAAGGUGUGAGUGGGAAAGAGACAGCCCUUUCGGAAUGGAGAUAGACAGUCCACAGGUAAAGGAGAAUCUCAGCCCUGUGAGCCGGCAAGACACAGACAGUCCCUUAAAGAGACGGGAGAAUCCCUUCAUCAUGAACAAAGAGAGCCCUUUGAAAAAAGAGAGUCCUAGUAGAAGAGAUAAGGAGAGUCCUCGUAGAAAGGAUAGCCCUUACAGAAGAAGCCCUCAUAGAAGAGAUAAGAAGAAACAUAGAGAUAGAAAGAAGGAUUACAGAUCUAAAAGCAGAGAUUCAAGAAGGAGUGAACGUAAGAGUGUAGAGAAAGAAAAGAAGAGGGAGCGAGAGAGUGAGAAAGAAAGCAAGAAGUACAAGCCCAAGCAAGAGGAGUUGGAAAAUGAAAUCAUAUCUUUGGAGGACAAUUCUGAUGAUUUGAUUGAUUUGACUGGAGAUCAGUCGGAUUCUAAAGAGUGCGAGACGGAAGGCGAGCGCGCCAAGCAGCAGGAGCGGCGCCGCCGAGCCGCCGAGUUCCUCAGGAAGGUCGGCGUCGACCCCGCCGCCGCCGCGCUGCCCACCUCCUCACUGGCCAGCGCUAUGGUAGACACUUUGGAGUCAUUGAGAAAGAAAAAGGCAGAAGAAGAAGAGAAGAAACGCCGACGGGACAAGAGAAGGCACAGGGAUAAGAGAGAGUAUGACAGUGAAACCCACAGGAAGAGCAAGCGCAGAAAGUAUAAGUCCUCAGAUGAAAAUGAUGAAUCGGAUUAUGACAAUACAAAAAAGAAGAAACGCAAGAAGGAAAGGAAACACAGCUCCAAGAACAAGAGAAAACGCAGGAAAGAGACUGAGGAGGAGUUAGAAGAAGCCCCAGUACCUGUCAACAUUGACCUCACCAACACCUUGAAGGAGUUAAGGACUUCCUCACCAACUAAAGAACUAGGUCUUGACAUCGAGAGCACCUUGAUCAACUUCCUCCGACAACAGUCCUCAGACGAAGAGGUAACAAGAGAUAAGAGAAGAAAGAAGGAAGAGAGGGAGUACAGCGAAGGGGAGUGGUCGAGUGACAGCGAGGGAGAUUCCAAAUCAUCUGCUAGUGGACGUUGAGCGAUAUUGAACUUUAUUUUGAAGGUCUUAAGGUACUUUAUUGAAUUACAGGUUUUAAUUAUAAUUUUUAAUGUGAGAUAAGUUUGAGUGUAAGCAGAAGGUAUAUAUCAAAGAUAAUACUCGUCAAGUUCUUUUUUAUGGUAGUUUCUAUGAUAUUAUUGAAAGGACAAUGAGAAUCGGAAAGGAUUUUGGACCUAGUACUGCCUAGAGUGAAGACAGUGUAUUUCGGUCAAUCGAUUUACAACCGAAAACGCGUUUUCCUCUUGCCUUUCAAUCCAGGGUUAGACUUCGGGUGCAAAAACUUCAUCCUGGGCAGAAUUUGGCACAUACGCUGUCAAUUUCCUUUGAUUGAUUAAGUAUGAAAUUUAACGUGUUUCAUAAAAACCUAGCGAGGUGGACUUUUAAUUAUUUAAUAACGGUUUACUCGCGUGUAUUCAUCAGGAUAGCCCCGACUAGUUUCGGACCCAAACGUAGCCCAGCCUUACCCAAGUUUUCUCACGUGAGUAAAUUGUUACAUAAUAAAUAAAUUGUAGAUCAGAUGAGAAUUUACUUAUAUCACAAGGAAACUUAAUUCCUAGGAGUUUAAGUGUUUCUAGUCAUGUUUAAACAAACUUAUCCAAUAUUUCCAUCCUUCAAUAUUUAUUGAUAUUGACUACAUUAUUAUUUCAGACUUAUCUGAAACUGAAAUAAAUUUCAAUUAGUAAAAUAACAUUUCUCCACUUGUAUAUAGAAUAAAAAACAAUGAAAUAUUGACAUUUAAAAAAAUAUACACUACAUUUUAAAUUUCCAAAAGUAUAACUUAUCGGGCACUUUAAACCAGCCUUUAACUUACCACUCUAUAAUAGACUGAUUCAUAAAGUUUUUAAAGUCGACACAAACGGACCCACAGACACAACAAUCUUCCAUAAAACAAUGUGCA